CUUCAAUCAUUGUCCUUUGUUAGUUAUUUUCACAAAGAGCUAGAGGGAUGGCAAGUUUAUGAAAGCCUGUACCAAUACCAGACGUGAAUAGUACACGUCGUACUCUCUCAUUUCAGAAUUUUUCAUGUAGUUUACUGUCAUCAUUGUUGCUGAAACGUUGCGGCAGUAAACUAGGUCUGUAGGCUGUACAUACUGUAGAAUAGAGCCAUAGCGCUACAACAUCCGGGCAUUCCUCAGCCUGCGCAGAAACGGAAUGGCGGAGCUAGUUCGAUGGGCUCUGGAGAUCACAGACGCAGCCUAGUGGAGAUCCUGAGGCAGGGCUAUGAGGAGUCCAGGGCCCUAGUGGAGCUGCAGAACAGCCUGGGGGCCUCGCAGUCACAGGGCCACCCAAUGAAGAUGGCAGCACGUCCCCAAAAUGGCAGUGAGAUUCCCCUGGAGGACCUGCUGUCUCUGUGUGGGUAUGAGGUGUCUGAUCCCCUCCUGCAGCAGGACAGGGAGCCCAACGAGCUAGCAGCCAGUCUGCCUGACAUGACACUGGACAAGGACCAGAUUGCUAAAGAUCUGUUCUCAGGAGAGGAUGAAGAGGAGUCAUCAGCUGAUGACCUCACUCUCUCUGUCACCUCCCACGCCUCUGACCUCCUCUUCCGCCGCCACCUAAGAGCCCAUUCCAUGGCAGAUGGAGACAAAGGCACCUUCGUCAGCUCCUCAGAAGAUGUCUCAGAUGAUGAUGACGACAACACCUCCAUUCCAUCCAAUGAUGAACGCAAGGACAUCAUGGUGGGCUCAAUGUACCAAGCCAAAAUCCCUCCUCUCAGCCCAUACUCAUACCAGGAGAGAGUCUAUGAGAAUGAGGACCAGCUCCUGUGGACCCCAGACAUGUUGCCAGGCCAGGCUGUAAAGGAGUUCCUGCUAAGUGCCCAGAGACGGGGAGGUCAGGACGGGACUGUAGACACCCUCAUCAACGGGGACAUAAUCAAAGACAAUGAACAAGCUCUGUAUGAGCUGGUGAAAUGCAGCUUUAAUGCAGAGGAGGCACUCAGACGAAUGCGCUUUAAUGUGAAAGUAUUCAGCGAGGAGCUGUGUGCCUGGAGCGAGGAGGAAUGUCGAAACUUUGAACAUGGCUAUCGAGUUCAUGGGAAGAACUUCCACCUCAUUCAGGCCAAUAAGGUACGCACGCGUUCGGUGGGGGAGUGUGUGGAGUAUUACUACAUGUGGAAGAAGUCGGAUCGCCACGAGUACUUCACCCAGCAGACCACUAAGCUGGGCCGCAAGAAGUACAGUCUGCAGUCAGGGAGCAUGGAGGAUGGAGAGCAGGAUGGAGAGGUUGGGGAGAUGGAGGGGUGCUCCCAGAUUCAGCUCCCCUCACAUCACCCAAUCAUAGAUCUGGACAAGCAAGGAGGAGGGCCGUCCCCGUCGCAGACGAACGCCCCGCUUUCUCUUAAAGCCCUGAGCUCACUGCACACAGGCCACUCUAACCAGGCAGGGCCACAAGAUGCUGAGAUGGGGAUGGAGGUGUUGGAGCUGUGUGGCGCUCCUUGCCCCAGCCCACUGAGGGAGCAGCUGUUCAGCCACUUCUCUCCACUCCCCCCUCUGGAGAACCUGCAGCAGGAGCCCUCUCUGAACUGUUCCAGCCCAGGCCACAGUCCCACCUCGCCUCCUGCCCAGCUCCACCUCUCCUCACUGCCCUGCUGCAGCUCCCCUUGCCCCCCAGCGGAGCCUCCUCUCCUGGGUUCUGGCUUCUACCAGCUGCAGCUAGGGCCUUUCCUUCCAGAUGGCCUGUCCAUGGGGCCAGAGGAUGGGGACUCCCAGGGGUUGCAGAUAGAUUUCUCCCUGCCCUCCAUCCCCCAGACCUCACCCGCCAUUGCCCCCUCAGUCUCUAUCACUUCUGACUUUGGGGCCAUCAGCAGUUACCUGUGUCCCUCAGCCCUGUGCCCCUCUCCCGUCCAGCACCCCCGCUCUCUCACACAGUAAGGGGAGGAAGAAGGGUGUCUUUACUCUGGAGUACAUUCCAAUAACACCUGGGUUGUCUGUACUUCUAAUUAUUGCCUGUUGAAGUAAACUUGGACCAGAGCUUACUCAUGUGUUGGUGUGAAACUCCUCAGGAGAGAAACUAUGUUUUUACAGGGAGAUGGGCAUACCUGUAUCAUAGUGUUUACUAAGGGGGACUCCCACUGCACAUAAGCACAAUGGCUUACCUACCUGUCUGAUCUGGAAGGCCAGUCGUUCUGCAGGGAUGUUCCCAGUUCUUAGAGAAUUCUUAGGUAAUGUUGGUACUGGAAAAGCGGGUGGGCUUGUUGAUAGCUCCAAGGCCAAAGCAACUGUCCUGAUGUUCUUUGCAGUUGCCUCCUCCUCUUCCAGAGCAGAACUUGAGACAGAUGUAACAUCCCUCACUGAUUUCCCAACAUUUCCUGGGAACAUUGAGCAGCAGACAGACAGCAUGACCUGGAUGCCAUAUUAUAGCAGUAUGUCCACAAGAGAUGUUCUCCCGCUAUCUGAUCUGAUAAGGCUGUUUCUAUGAGCAGUGUUCAGUCUGCACUUGUAUGUCUCUUCACCACUCUGACUUUGGACCUCUUAGGUAGGAUCAGUCUCCCUAGUUCACUGUGGUUCCACCUCUUGAACAUCCACAACUGAAACUGAAGGUUUUGUAUACAGUCUGUUUAAAAGGAAAGAUCUGUAUAAGAAUACCAUGAAACAAUGCUUUUGAGAUUGUCACUGUUUUUAUUUUCUUGUUCCUUGUUGUUCAGAAAUGUCUUGGAAGGUUUGCAAUAAGAUACCAGAGUUUGUGAUGGGAGUACUUUUGUGUUAUUUCUAGUUUAUGUUGACAUUUGAAAGGUCUUGUACAGAACCAAACUCUCACAAUUGCCUGACAACCAUGAUAGGCAUGUUAGCCUGUGUUUUGCGCAUUAUUGUACAUGUUACUGUAGGUAAGUCACUGAAUACACAGUUACUCAGGUUUUGUAGCCUCUGGCUUCUUCCAUGUAUCUCAACACCUGUUGUGUGAUUAAGUGUUGGAUAUUACCCUGAAUCACACAUGCAACCUUGGGGGUAAUAGUCAUUGAAAAAGCCCAAUGGCAUUGAAGGACAUCAACCCAAAACAUGUGUGUUCAGAAGGAUGCAAUAUUAACAAUGUUGCAGAUGGAGAAUGUGAUAUAUAGCUAGCUAUACAGUCCCCAGGUUUCAGUGAUGCUCUACAGUAUCCUGCCACUAGAGGAUCUCGGCUGUCACAUAGUCUGAAGAGAGCCUGCCUGCUUCACAACCCCUGCUCAGGUGGGCCCGGAGAGAAUACGUCCCCUGUGCUCUCUGCCCUGACAGCAGGAAAACUCCAUGUCUUUAUUUAUUUUUUAUAGGUGGGGUCAUCCUCUACUCCCUGCUCUGACCUAAGCUGUUCUAGAUCUGUGUUUUCUCCAACCGUUUACAGGAGGUUCUGGAUGUUGACUAUCGGGGCAGGAUAGGGAGUAGAAACACAGCUUUUGUUUAUUAUUUUUUAGCAUUUAUAUCGUACUUCUUCUGUUUAUGUUGGUUUGUAAUUAUAAUUAUUAUAUUUUGUAAAAAACAAAACAAAAAAUAAGCUAUUAAAAAUACACAUGUU